AUGUUUCAGAAGUUACUAGUACUUCUAGCGGUGAUAUUAAUAUAUUGUUCCAAACAAAAUUCUGCCGUUAUCGCUGCCAUUGGGUUCUCCAUCCUAGGAUAUUUCGUCACCAAUUGGCUUAUACCUAGAGUGGGUCCUUCAUUUAUUAAGAUUGGGCUGUUCGGUAAAGAUCUCAGUAAGCCAGGGAAACCAGUCCUUCCGGAAACAAUUGGUGCCGUUUCUGCUACAGUAUACUUAUUUGUUAUGUUAUCCUAUAUACCCUUCAUCUUCUACAAGUAUAUGAUUGUAUCAACUACUGGAGGUGGUCAAAGAGGACCAUCUGUUGAAGAUUCGUCAAUGUCAGCAAGUAUUUUUCCACAUAACAGGUUGUCUGAAUAUUUGAGUAGUAUACUAUGUUUAGAGUCUACUAUACUGAUUGGGAUUGCAGAUGAUUUAUUCGAUUUACGUUGGAGACAUAAAUUUUUCCUCCCUGUUAUUGGGUCAUUACCAUUAUUGUUGAUUUACUAUGUUGAUUUUGGUGUCACUUAUGUGUUGAUUCCCGGGUUCAUUAAAAAGUAUUUCAAUUUAACUGCAACAAUUGUUGAUCUUGGCGGAUUGUAUUACGUGUAUAUGGCUGCUAUGGGGAUUUUCUGUCCUAAUUCUAUCAAUAUCCUUGCUGGAGUGAAUGGAUUAGAAGUCGGUCAAAGUAUCGUGAUUAGUAUCCUUGAGCUAUUGAAUGAUAUUUUGUAUUUAACUUGGGGUUCUCCAGAUGGAAUAGCUGCCCAUAGAUUUUCUGCAGUUUUAAUUAUUCCCUUCCUAGGGGUUUCACUUGCUCUUUGGAAAUGGAACCGUUGGCCUGCUAAAGUCUUCGUUGGUGACACUUAUUGUUAUUUUGCAGGAAUGGUGUUCGCGGUAGUAGGUAUAUUGGGACAUUUUUCGAAGACAAUGCUAAUGCUGUUUAUUCCACAAAUCUUAAACUUUAUUUAUUCAUGUCCGCAAUUAUUUAAUAUAGUGCCAUGUCCAAGACAUAGGUUGCCACGGUUUGAAGCUAAAGAUGGACUGAUGUAUCCCUCUCGUGCCAACCUUGUAGACAAUCCUCCAAAAUUAUGGUUUAUCACAAUUUUGAAAGCAUUGGCCUUUUUUCAUUUGAUUGAAUUAGAAUACGAUCCAAAGGAUAAAAGUAAAGUUAUAAGCUGUUCAAAUAUGACUCUAAUUAACUUAACUCUCGUAUGGUUUGGACCAAUGAGAGAAGAUGCGCUUUGUAAUAGAAUUCUUCAAUUACAAUUCAUGGUGGGAUUAGCAGCGUUAUUUGGUAGACAUGCAAUUGGUGCUUUACUUUUUGACCAUGAUAACCUGUGGACGUAG